UCCUUCACAUUCACCCCCAAAAAACAUUCCUACAAGUUUCUAUGGCUCCUAAGGCUCUUGCAGUUACAGCUCUCCUUCUCACACUUAAUCUUCUUUUCUUCAGUUUUGUAACUUCCACAAAAUGUCCACCAACUACUCCUAAAACCCCAAAAUCUCCAAAGAAGGCCCCGGCGGUUAAACCCACUUGUCCUACCGACACACUUAAGCUCGGUGUUUGCGCAGACCUAUUGGGCUUAGUUAACGUUCUUGUUGGUUCUCCACCAAAGACCCCUUGUUGUGCACUUCUUAAUGGUCUUGCUAACCUUGAAGCUGCAGUUUGUCUUUGCACCGCUCUUAAAGCCAAUAUCUUGGGGAUUAAUCUCAAUGUUCCUGUCGAUCUGAGCUUGUUAUUGAACUAUUGUGGCAAGAAACUUCCUUAUGGCUUCCAAUGUGCUUGAAGAGAUUUUGAAAAGAUAAAUCUCUUGGUUGUGCUUUGUUCUGUUGCUUUCUAUUGUUAUUUUGUUUGUGAGAAAAAUGCAAUUCUCCAACUUUUGUUAUUUCAUAUUGAAUGGGUUUUAAUGUGAGGGUUGAACUUGUUAAUGAAAUCGUUUAAUGUAAUAUCUUAAUAAUGUAAAUGUGUGGUUGAUAAAAAUUAUCAGUUCCAUGA